AUGGUAUUUCCUAAAGUAUUACAAGCUAUCUAUACUAAAUUAGAGAUAAAGUGUCGUGAACGAGGAAUUAUAGCAGGAAAAUCCGGACGACACAUGAAAUUUCCAUAUACUAUGUCAGCAAAAAUUGCUCAGUUUCCUUAUUUUUACUAUUUAAAACACAAUAACAUCUGGAUGUAUUAUCCUUUGGGAUUUUUAGUUUCACUAUAUUUUUUUACAAAAAUUCAUGCUAUGGCAAAUUCUGAAUCAAAUAUUAGAUCUUGGGCUGAAAUUCAACGAAAAGCAGCCGAAAAAGAACAUCAC